AUGUCUACAAGUCGAGAACAGAAUUUGAAAGGAAAAGUUGCUCUUGUUACUGGUUCAAGUCGAGGAAUUGGUUCAGCAGCUGUUAUUCGUCUAGCCGAACAUGGUGCUGAUGUAGUCAUCAAUUAUUUAUCAUCUGAAAAACUUGCUGAAGAAGUAGCUGAAAAAUGUCGUUCACUUGGUGUACGUGCAUUGGUUGUACAAGCAGAUGUAUCAAAAUAUGAAGAUAAUGUUAAAUUAUUUGAUAAAACUAUUGAAACAUUUGGUCGAUUAGAUAUUGUUUUUUCGAAUGCUGGUAUUGAACAUUGGGGUAAACCUAAUGAAGUUGAUGAAGCACAAAUCGAUAAGGUCUUUAAUACCAAUGUUAAAUCACAAUUCUUUACUGCACAACAAGCAUAUAAACAUAUGAAUGAUAAUGGACGUCUCAUUCUCAUGUCAUCUCUUGCUGCUCAACGGGGUUUUCCAGGACAUAGUAUCUAUGCUGCAUCAAAAGCAGCUGUUCAAGGUAUGGUUCGCUGUCUUGCUUUUGAUUUUGGUCCGAGAAAUAUUACAGUAAAUUGUGUUGCACCUGGUGGAAUUAAAACGGAUAUGUAUGCUGAAUCUGCUCCUAAGUAUAUUCCUGGUAGUGAUAAGAUGUCUGAAAAAGAACUUGAUCAUACAGUUGGAAAAUGGAGUCCACUUGGACGACCUGGUUAUACCGAUGAUACAAGCGGUAUUAUUGCUCUUCUGGCUAGUCCUGAAAGUCAAUGGAUUACUGGACAAACAUUACAAAUUAGUGGUGGUGCUCAAAUGACCUAA